CUGGGGAGCCAAGGGCUUGAACCAGGAUCCUUACUUAGGUCCGUGCACUUUGCGCCAGGUGCGCUUAACCUGCUGGGCCACCGCUCCACCCUCAAUAAGUAACUUUUAUAAAAAUAAAAAAAAAAAACUGCAUAAGCUGCAUCACAAUGAACAGUAUGUGUUACAGAAGCAAGAAAAAAAAAAGUAAGAAAACUUUUAUAUCCCAUAAGUAGAAAUGAUGUCUAAAUUUGUGGCCAGAUUGAAUAAUGGAGAUGAAUCUUCCUUUAAAUCUCUGCCUCUGAAAAUGUGACUUUGCCAUAAUGACUUGCUUACAGAUAUUUUAAAUGAUAAUAAGCAAGCAGUCCAGUUACUCUUGUGAUGGUUCUCCCCACAGUCAUUUCCCAUGAUGGACUGGGAAAAUUAUAACAAUCUCACGCAUUUGCAAGAAUUUAUCCUCCUGGGAAUCACAGACCGCCCUGAGCUGCAGACUCCCUUCUUUGUGCUAUUCCUCAUCAUCUACAUGAUCUCACUGUUGGGAAACUUGGGUCUGAUCAUCCUCACCAACAUAGACUCUAAGUUGCAGACACCCAUGUACUUCUUCCUCAAACAUCUGGCAUUCAGUGAUCUUGGUUAUUCCACAGCGGUGGGGCCCAAAGCACUGGUGAAUUUUAUAGCUGAUCAGAAUAGAAUCCCCUAUAACUGGUGUGCUACACAGCUGUCUCUGUUCAUCUUGUUCAUGGUUAGCGAGCUGUUCAUUUUGUCAGCCAUGGCUUUUGACCGUUACGUGGCCAUCUGCAGUCCUUUGCUCUACCUCGUUAUCAUGUCCCACCGAGUGUGCUGGCUGCUGGUAUCUGUCACUUAUCUCUAUGGUGCCAUUCUGUCUCUGAUAAUCACCACAAAGAUUUUCACUUCCUCUUUUUGUGGCCAUAAUGUCAUUAGCCAUUUCUACUGUGACAGUCUUCCCUUGUUAAUGAUGGUAUGCUCAAGGACACGGGACACUGAGUUUAUAUUACUAAUAUUUUCAGCAUUUAAUUUGGUUUCCUCUCUUUUGAUUGUCCUGGUGUCCUACGUUCUUAUCCUCACUGCUGUUUUAAGGAUGAACUCAGCAGAAGGCAGGCAAAAGGCUUUCUUCACGUGUGGAUCCCACCUCGUAGUGGUUGUCAUGCUGUAUGGGACUCUACUCUUUAUGUACGUGCAGCCAAAGUUCAGUCACUCCUUUGAAAAUGAUAAAAUGGCCUCAGUCUUCUACACGUUGGUCAUACCCAUGCUGAAUCCUCUCAUCUACAGUUUAAGGAACAAAGAAGUUAUAGGUGCCUUGCAAAGAAAAUGGAAAACUCUAUGCAAGAAUCCUAUAUGA